AUGACAUAUCCGUUUGAGUAUUUAAAGACCAGCCUGCAAUUGCAACCCAAGGGCACCACUUUUGAGAUCAUUUUGCCGCAGGUUAAGUCGUACUUCGCUGGUUGCUCUGCUUUGAACGUGGCAGCAUUUGGUAAGACUAUUUUAAGGUUUAUUACAUUUGACAAGUUGUGUCACUCUUUGAAUAAUAACAUUGAUAACAGUGAUAAUUUUCAAAGACUAACAGGCGAGAACCUCUUAAUUGCUGGUACAUUGACAGGGAUAGCAGAGAGUUUGUUUAUUAUUCCUUUUGAGAACAUCAAGACCAGUAUGAUUCAAUCAGCUAUGGUCGAUUAUAAGAAAUUACAGAGAGUUCAACCAGAAACCAGCGCAAAGCCAACUUUCCAUAAGACGUCGACCAAAGCUACCCCUGUGGCCCGUAUAGAUAAGUUGUUCCCCACGAUUAAACACAUGUAUCAGACAAGAGGCCCUUCGGCAUUCGUCCAAGGAGCAACGCCUACUAUAUUUAGGCAAGUCGCUAACACUUCUAUUCAAUUUACCGCAUACACUGCAUUCAAACGGCUGUUGCAAGGAAGACACGACAAGGCGUCGUCAGUAAUUACAGGUUUAGCAACAUCUUUCACACUUGUGGCCAUGACUCAACCCAUCGAUGUCGUAAAGACAAGAAUGAUGACUCAAAAUGCCAAGACCGAAUAUAAGAAUACGUUGAAUUGCAUGUAUAGAAUAUUUGUCCAAGAGGGCAUGGCCACAUUUUGGAAGGGUUCCAUUUUUAGAUUUAUGAAGGUUGGAAUCUCUGGUGGGCUAACGUUUACUGUUUAUGAACAGGUUAGUUUGUUGCUAGGCUUCUCCUCUAGGUCUUAA